UCGCCUUCCUCCCACUCCGUGUCACCAAUGGCAUCCUUUCCCCCUCCCGUGGACGUCUCGACCCUCGAUCAUCUCGUGCGCGCUGCCGACAACUCAGCAACCAAGUGGUAUUCCUUCGUCGGCAGCCUCCACCGCGUCCUCGGCAGUGCUUAUGUCCUGCCGUUCCGCCUCCUGGACAUCAUGCUUGGUCUCCCAGAGGGUGACCUUGGGGACCCGCCGCCUCACCCUGGCGAUCCCCCCCCUCUCAUUCCCCAUCCCGGCGAGGAACCUCCGCCCCCCAUGGCGGACAGCCGUGCUACUGGUGCCCUUCUCCUUGCCAUCCCGUCUGCGCUCAUGCGCAACUUCCAGGCACGUCGCAUCGGCUCCCGCCAGAUCUGGCUCGAGCUUGAGGCAAUAUUCGAACGCACCGACUUCGAUGCUGUCGGACCGCUCUUCAAGGAAUACUUCAGCAUCACGAUCGAACAUAGUGCUGGCGCCGUCGACUACACCAGCCGUCUCCUGGACCUUGCCUCCCGCCUUGAGGCUCGCCAGACUACUCUCCCCCCCAACCUUCAGAUCUACCGUCUCCUCGAAGGCCUCUCCCCUCAAUAUGAAGUGCGCGUCAUCGCCUUCACUGAGGCUCAGCCCCGCGCCUCCCUUGACACUGUGCUCUCCUCCUCCUCCUCCUCCUCUGUCGCUGACCCCAUAACUCCCCAGGAGUUGCAGCAGUUUCGCCGCUUCCAGCAGCUGCAGCUGCUGCAGCAGCAGCAGCAGUGGGGCUCUGGUGGUCAGGCUGCAGCCGCAGCUGCAAGAGCCGCAGCCGCAGCAUCUGCAUGGCAGCAGCAGCAGCUUGGCUUUGGCACCGCCGCCAUGGCUGCCACAGCCACACCAGGUCCUCCUGGCUUUCCCCUCUGGGGCUCUCCUUCCCCUAGUGCUCCCGCCUCCCACUCCAGCUUUCUAGGCGAGCUCAUGCGUUCUUCCCCUACUUCCACUUCCAUGUAUCCCUCUGUUUUUAAUGCCAGCACCUCCACUCUCCCCCCUCCCCUCCCUCUAGAGCCACCUUCCUCCAACUCCACCUCCUCCCCAUGCUGUUGUCGCGCACUGUCCCACCCCGCUGUUCUCAUCCACCACCGCCUUGGUCAAAUGAACUUUCCCACACUUUGUAAAGCCGUCUCCUCCCGCUUGCUUGACGGUGACAUUUACGACCCAGCUGUCCCUGACUCCCCUGCUCACUCUGCCUCAUCGCACCAGCACCAGCAGCACCACCAGCAGCAGCAGCAGCAGCAGCAGCAGCAGAAGGAGCAGCAGCAGCAGCAGCAACAGCAGCAGCAGCAGGUGCAGCAGCAGCAGCGGAUGGAGCAGCAGCAGCAGCAGCAGCAGCAGCAGCAGCAGCAGCAGCAGCAGCAGGAGGUGCAGCAGCGGAUGGAGCAGCAGCAGCAGCAGCAGCAGCAACCGCAGGCAGUGCAGCAACAGCAGCCGCAACAGGAGGUGCAGCAGCAGCACCAGCAGCAGCCACAGCAGCAGCAGCAGCAGCAGCAGCCACUGCAGCAACCUCAUCGGCAUCGCCGCACCACCUCUCCGUUCAUCCUCCCACGCAUCCACACUCGCUCUCACGGCCCACUCAUAGGCCAUCCAUGGGGUUGGCCAACACUACCCCCACCCUCCCUUCCCUUCAUUGAGGACUCCCAUGAGGAGCUCAUUGGCGUUCAGCAACAAACACCUUCCCUCACGCCUCUCUAUCCUGGCUUCCUUGGCCUCCUCAUCCUUGGCAUCGCUACCGCUCCCACCAGAUUCACUCCGUCCAACUUCCUUGAGGCCAUCACCUGCCCCGAUGCUGCCAAGUGGAUCCAGGCUAUCUUUGCUGAAUGCGAGGCCUUCAUCCGCAAUGCCUCAUUCGUUAACAUUGUCCCCUCUCCUGACGACGUCAUUGUUGAAGGCCUGUGGGUGUUCCGAGUGAAGCAGCUGCCGGGUGAGGAGCCGGUCUACAAGGCCCGGUAUUGUGCCAAGGGCUUCACCCAAACCCAUGGCAUCGACUACUGGGAGACAUUCUCUCCCACUGCCAAGCUCCCAACUCUCCGUGCCAUCCUCGACUAUGCUGUUCGCGUUGGCAUGGAGAUUGCCUCCAUGGAUGUCUCCAACGCCUUCCUGCAAGGCGAGCUCCAGGAGCGGAAUAUACCAUGCUAUGCUAGUUGUGUAUAUUGUGUUUACAUCCCUACUUGGGUGUACACCUGUGUUGGGGUGUCAAUUCAACCCAAUUGUGGUUGGAGCCCCCAAACACAAGGACCACAAUUGUGGGGGCACCACAAGUGGGUUGGCUAAACCACUGGUGGUACACCACACUUGGACCACCUCCAACUGGUGGUCAACCACAUUUGGAAGGAUCCUCCCUCCUUUGUGAUUGGUCCUAACCCCCCCUUCCCUUCCAACCUUCCCUUCCUAGCUCAUCUCUCUCUUCCUAUGUAAUGCCUUUGCUUCAU